AGAAAAACGAAAUUUUAUUUCUUCUGUGGCCCGAUGUGUUUUGCAAGCAAAAGCGAUAUUAUUUAUCGCAGGCUUAUCUUGUCAUCGUUCUUUUCGAAAGGAUGGGGUGAUGUAAAAGUCUAUGAACGACUGUUAGAAGCACGGAAAGUCGUGUCCGAUAGGACAAAAGUUAACGCGCUAAUUCCUUCAGAUUAUCCUGUUGAACUAACGAAAUCGUGGACGAAAGACGCAUGUUACAUUGCAGAAGGACAUUUUGUUUCUCCAUUAGCUGAAUUCUUUCCAGGAUUGUUGCCCAAAGAAAGUGAAAAUGCUCACUUUCAGAUCAUCGUCCCGAAAAAGUGGCCCAAAAAAGGACGAAAACCGUUAUGCCUUCAUCUAGCUGGAACAGGCGACCAUUAUUUCUGGCGAAGGAGAAAUCUAAUGGCUAAACCUCUUGUCAAGGAGCACGGCAUUGCGUCGAUCUUAUUAGAAAACCCUUUUUACGGAUUAAGGAAACCGAACAAGCAAGUUCGAUCAAGUCUAAGACAUGUCGCGGAUUUGUUUGUUAUGGGUGCUGCACUAAUUCUAGAAUCACAUGUUCUACUUCAUUGGGGCCGCCGCCAGGGUUACGCCCCCCUGGGAAUUACUGGGAUAUCCAUGGGGGGACAUAUGGCUUCCCUUGCAUGCACUGCUUGGCCUGAACCACUGGCUAUAGUACCCUGUCUGUCCUGGAGUACAGCAUCUUCAGUCUUUACACAGGUAGAUAAAUGUUGAGAGCUCUCAUUAAGGCCCGUUACUCUGAGCUUACCUGAUGUUACAGGUGAUCAAAGUGGAAAGCUGAAGGUGGCACUAUGAAUUUUUUUGAGAUUUUACAGACGAAUCUUCAUUUGCUACGGCUGCUUCAAAACUUAAUGACAGCCCUGAAAAUUCAUUGUUUAUUAUGUGGCCAAAGCGAUGGUGAUCUUUUCACAUGUGAAGAUAGCAUGUUAUUUUCAUGUGCGAAGAUAUCAUGUUCAGUUGUGUAAAUGCAAUUAUUAUUACACCUUUGGGAGUAGCCUGAGAAAACCGCCGACAUUUGGAGAUGCUACCACUGGUUUCCCCACCAAAUGACGUCUGAGAAACAAGCACACAAAUUCCAUAAUGAUGAUGCAUCUCUACCCAGAUCUGGGUAGUGGCACCUCAUCAGUAUGGAAUUUCUGCACUCGUUUCUCAGACAUCAUUUGGCGGGGAAACCUGUCUGGUAAGGUUGCCAAUUGUCAGCUGUUUUCUCAGGCUACUGUGGAAGCUAUGGCAAAGGAACUAGUGGUUACAGGUGCAAAAUUUUUAGUGUAAGUCAUUUUGUUGACUCUCUGCUGUGCCCAUUUAAGCUAGAUUUAUGACUUAAGGUUCUUUAUUUUAUUUUUUCAUUGUGGAUACUUGAGGUUGAUCAGAAUUUUUUUUUCUUCCAGGGAGUGAUGAGCAAAGCUUGUGCGUGGAGCACACUGGAAAGACAACUCUUAGAUGAACACUACAGAAAAAAUCUUCUGAAUAAUGUGGCAAUCAAUGGCGAUGCAUUUACUCAGUUCGAUAAAGACUUGCUAAGGGAUGGUUUAAUUGAGACUGAUUAUCAUUGGAACACUUCACCUCAACCUUACUUGGAAAAUGAUAGAAAGAACUUGGAUGAAAAUGGCGUCCAGACACUUUACCUUCAACAUGAACAUAUUUACAAUAAUGUAAAGAGUAAUUUCCUUGAUUAUCUACCCUCAUUUCUUAGGAAAACUAAGGGUACAGGAACAUCGUCAACAAGAUCAAAAACAGAAGAUUUCAUGAAUUUUGUCAUGGACGAGGCCACCCAUCUGAAGAACUUUCCACAACCAGUUGAUUCCAGCCUGGUGCGAUUUGUGGUAGCAAAGCAUGAUGCUUACAUUCCACGGGAUAAUAUUGCAAGUCCAUGUGAUAUUUGGCCUGGAUGUUCAGUAGAGUAUAUAAACUGUGGGCAUGUUGCAGCGUGGUUGAACCAUCAGGGUGUGUUUAGAAAAGUGAUAAAAGAUGUGUUUGAUCAACUUUAA